GUGGGGCGGCGGGGCGGCAUGGAGCGGGGCCCCGGCCCGGAUGGCGCGCGCCGGGCGCUGGGCUGCCUGCUGGAGGCGGUGCUGGCGAGCCGCGGCGAGGCCAACGCGGUGUUCGACAUCCUGGCGGUGUUGCAGUCCGAGGACAGCGAGGAGAUCCGGGAGGCGGUGCGCGCGUGCGGCCGUCUGUUCGCGGCGCUGCUGGAGCGGGGGGAGCUGUUCGUGGGCCGGCUGCCGUCGGAGGACUCGGUCCUGGCGGGGUCCCAAGGGGCCACCCGCAAGUACAAGGUGUGGAUGAGGCACCGAUACCACAGCUGCUGCAACCGCUUGCGGGAGCUCCUGGCCCACUCCUCCUUUGAGGUCAAGGAGCUAGCUCUCAGCACGCUCAUGAGGUUUGUGCAGUUGGAAGGAGUUCACCCCCUGGAGAAACCCAAGUGGGACGGCUGCUACUUGUUUCCCCACCAGCUCUUCAAGGCUGUAGUGGAAGGCCUGCUGUCCCUGGAGGACGACUGUUCACUGCUCCUCUCCCAGUUCCGGGAGUACUUGGAACAUGACGACAUCCGCUACCACACCAUGCAGGCGGCCACGGAUAUUGUGGUCCGUGUCGCCAACAGGUACCUGGAGGUGCCGUUCACUUUUUGGAACAACGCCUUCACGCUGUUGUCUGCCGUGAGCCUCCCCCGCCAGGAGUGCAACACAUCUAGCUUCUAUGUGAAGCACGCAAAGCUGUCGCAGACAUGGAAGGUCGUUCAUCUGAAGGAGCACAGAAAGGCCUUCCAGCUGAUGUGGCUUGGCUUCCUCAAGCACGAGUUGCCCCUUGGCCUGUACAAGAAGGUGCUGGUGAUUAUGCAUGACUCCAUCCUGCCCCACCUGGCCCAGCCCAGCCUCAUGAUCGACUUCCUGACCCGCGCCUAUGACAUGGGGGGAGCCAUCAGCCUCUUGGCUUUGAAUGGACUUUUUAUCCUGAUUCAUCAGCACAACCUCGAGUACCCUGAUUUCUACCGGAAGCUCUAUGGUCUGUUGGACCCAUCUAUCUUUCACGUCAAGUACCGGGCCCGGUUCUUCCACUUGGCAGAUCUCUUCCUGUCAUCUUCCCAUCUGCCUGCAUACUUGGUGGCUGCCUUUGCCAAGCGCUUGUCCCGCCUGGCCUUGACUGCUCCCCCUGAGGCCCUGCUCAUGGUCCUGCCCUUCAUCUGCAAUUUGCUGCGCCGGCACCCCGCCUGCCGUGUCCUCGUGCACCACCCUCUGGGCCACGAGCUGGACAGUGACCCCUUUGACCCUGAAGAAGGCAACCCAGCUGAGAGCCGAGCUCUGGAGAGCUCCUUGUGGGAGCUGCAGGCCCUCCAGCAGCAUUACCACCCCGAGGUGUCCCAGGCUGCCAGUGUCAUCAACCAGGCAUUGUCUGUGUCUGAGAUCAGCAUCGCACCAUUGCUGGAGCUCACGGCAUUUGAGAUCUUCGAGCGGAACCUGAAGAAGAAAUGCCAAGAGUCAGUGCCGCUGCAGUUCAUCCCUGCGCAGGGUUUGUUGGGACUUCAGGAUGAUCUCUGCGCCCAGCACUUCACACUCAGCUGACCUUGCGCCGUCACCUCCACCCCCAUAGUGGUUUAUAGGAGAGAGAUUGGGGUAGGCUGUGGGUGGCUAGGCACUGACCCUGUCUCCCAGCUCCUCUGGUGGCUGUGUCCACCUGUAGCCCCACGCCUGCUGUGCAUGUGGCCUGUGCUAGAGGGUGGUGUCUGGGGCCUCUUCCUUGCUUGAAGCCAGGUGGGUGCUGGGGAGGUGCUGCAGAAGUGACCCCUGCCCUGGGGGGUGGGGGGCUACAGGUGCCCAGGUGGUGGCUUCUGCCAGCCCCGAAGGCUUCCCUGGGUGCCCCGAGCUCCCCCAGGCCCCUCUUGUCCAGGGGGCGUCUGGGCCACGCUCCCACAUCUCCACUGCAUUUGGACUUGUGACCUAGGAGCGACAGUAAGCGUCUUCUGUCCUGGUCAGCCUGGAGGAGCACAGGGAGCGCAUGCACCCAUUCCCAGCCAGGGCCUGAGGAGGACACCUUUGUUCCCUAGCCCCCAGGACCCCUGGGUGUUCACCCUCCUGAAUAGAGCAGGCACCGGCAGCCACGGGCCUGGCACUCACUUGGUUCCCAUGUGUUUAUGCCUUUGAGGCCCUGUUUCUGCCAGACCAGCCCGGUUGUUGAGUCUACCUUUUCUCCUAAAAAUUUGCUUGUCUGGGGACGGAGGAGCCACCUGAGUGACGGCAGCUCACAUGGGAUGGGGGGACCUGGCAGACACACAGGCAGGGAUGGAGAGCCUGGGAGGGAGAGACCCUGGUUGCCCUGCAGCCUCCUGUCUGAGGUCCAGGCACACUUCCACCCCUGGAGGAGCGCCCUGGUGUCACAGCAGCAGUUGUUUGCCAAUUCGGUCUCCGGGAGCUGCUCUGGUGGCUCAGGACCCUGGUGUGCCUGGUGGGUCCUUUGUCCAGGCGGUGAAGUAGCGGCUCCUCUACAUAGGGUGCUAUGAUUUAGGGACACUAGCGCCCCUACCUCUCGGCCGAACUGCCCUGAUUCUGUCAAGCCAGUUCAUGCCCCAGGGCUUUUACACUGCAGUCUCCAUAGCUCUCUCCCCCUAGCCCUUGGUCUUCAGACUCUAGCCUGAGUGAGGCCUUGGGGAGGCCUCUGCUGAGCAUCCUGUAACUGUUACGGUGCGUGCCAUGGGGCACAUCAUCUUUGUGGCUCUGCAGCACUGCAGAAGUCUGAGAAUUAUCCCUGCUGCCAUCCUUCACAAGGACCAAAGAGGGCUCAUUACCGACCUGCUGCUUGCCUUGCCCCCCCUGGGCCCAGGACUUGCCUGGCAUAGAGGAGGGGCUCAUGCACAUUUGUGGGGGCUGGUCCUGAGCAGCCCACUAGCAGAAGCGGGCAUUGCACCGUAGGAGCCUAGGUGUGAGGACACCAAGGACAGCGUGGAUGCGCUGAGGCCUCCUGCUGAUAAACGCCAUGGUUUGUUCAAAGUUCAAUUAUAAAAUGCUUAAGCAGGC